AUUGAAACAUUAUUUUAUAUUGUAAUGAUUUGUUUAUUUAUUGUAUUGCAUGUGAAUUGCACUUUCGCGACAUAAAACGAUGUCAUUAAUUAAAAAAACAAGGAAUGAUGCGGUUAAAGCUGCAGUUACAUCUUAUUUGGAACGCAGGAAUUACCCAGAUGCAGACAUUUUCAACAACAACAAUUCCAUAAGCCAAAGUGUCGAACAAAUGGCUGUCUCCACUAUUGUACAAUGUGAAGCGAGUCGCGCCAACUCCAUUCUAUUUUCCUGCAUAAACAACGAUCCAGGACAAUAUGACGUACAGUACACAAGGUUAUUAAACUUUAUAAAAGAGAUUAAGGUGGAAAAUGUAAAAAAUGAGCUCCUAGCACUACUAACUCCAUUACUCUGCCACAUGUAUUUAGAAAUGCUCCGAGGUGGCCAUGGGGGAGCAGCCCAAAUGUUUUUGAAGAGGCAUUCAGUGUCAUUGCCACAGAAAGAUUUAUCGUUUCACCAGCCAAUUGAUGGUAACUUGCCAUCAGCCCUAUAUAGGCCGAACAGCCUGGAACAAUUAUUUAACUCAUUACAAAAUGGCACCAUUGAUAAUGAAGCACCUGAGAAAGAUUAUCUGAACCAGUUGCUUGAUGAUAUAGGAUCCAUUUAUACGCUACAGGAUGUGGAAACAAAACCAUCCGUUGCAGCAUUCAGAUCAUGUAAAUAUGACAUAUUCCUGUCGCAGGAUGCACUGAACAUGCUGAAAGCUUACUUAGCAAAACACAGCCAUGUGCUUCUAGUUCAGGUUUUACAGACUUGGUUUCACAUUGAUAUUAGUAAUGAUACUAACAAGAAGGAUUCUGAGGAUGAUGAUGAUGACGUUACUAAUGAUGGAAUUCAUAUAAAAGAAGAAAAAGUUACUGACAUCAAUGACAUAUUUUCAAAAUGUAAUGGUCACACCGAGUAUCCAAGUGUCGAUAAAGAAUUGAGAGAUUUACAAGACGCGAUAAAGAAUGUGAGAGAGUCAAUGGCACCUCUCAAGCUAUACAAAGUGGCUGCUCCUGAUACUUAUUUAGUAUGUGCAAAGACUGACCCCGGCUGCAAUGUCCUCUGUGGAGGAUUCAGUAACUCAGAAAUAAGAUUGUGGGAUCUCGGCCAAAAUAAUGUGAAGCGGAAUGUGAACAAGAACAUCUCAGAAUUUGAGCUGGCUUGCAAUGUUCCCCCUGAGCCAGAAGCUGUGGUGGAUGAUACUUUACAAAUUGGAACGGGCGUCCCAUUAAGAGGACAUUCAGGUCCCGUCCAAGCAGUGUGUGUUCUCUCUAGAGAAGAAUUAGUCAUGUCCGCUUCCCACGACUGUACCAUGCGCGCGUGGAGAUUACAAGAUUAUUCAUGUGCGUCUAUUUACAGAGGUCACAACUACCCAAUUUGGUGUAUGGACGUGUCGAAGAAUGGUCUAUUCAUCGUCACUGGCUCGCAAGACAAGACAGCUAAGCUCUGGUCACUGGAUAGGACAUUCCCUGUUAGAGUGUUUGUUGGACAUAUGUCGGAUGUUACGUGUGUAAAGUUCCACCCCAACGAGGCGUACAUAGCGACGGGCGGCGCGGACCGCAGCGUGCGUUUCUGGAACGUGUGCGAUGCGCGCCUCAUGCGCGUGCUGUGCGGGCACCGCGGCGUCGUCCGCACGCUCGCUUUCUCGCCAGAGGGCUCCCAUCUCGCCAGUGCCGGAGAUGACAAGAAGAUAAAAGUCUGGGAUUUAGCAGCAUGCACCUGCAUCCACGAAUACAGAGGUCAUCACGGAAAGGUCACGGCUCUGGAUUGGUCGGCGAUCGGGAAGCCUAGUCUGACACAUAGGGUGUGCACAGACCCUAACGAUCCAUCCGCUGAAAACUCGCUGUUGUGCUCGGCUGGAAUGGACGGCGUUGUCAAAAUUGUUUGGGAUAAUCACAGUAAAAAUAAACAAGUCCCCAGCCAGGAUGUCCUAACAUCAACAUACAACACUAAAUGUUCAUAUCUUGUUGAUUUGCAAGUUCACCCGGAAUGGGUGGUAGCUAUAGGAGCUAAAAGAUAAAAAUAUAUUUGUAUUCUCGAUACUCUGUUAACAAUAACAUACACUACUU